AUGGAGGAGGAAAGAGCCAUGUUGAAAGCUGUUUUCAGUGCCCACGGUGGAGAAAAGCGAGAGUUGCAACUACAGUUGAUAGCCCAUGUACACCAUCUAUAUCGCCAGCAUGAACAGGAAGAGGUUUUUCCAUUUGCCGGACCCUCUUCUGGAUCUGUGCUGGCCCUCAUUGUAGAGAUUGUCAUGCAUCUGAAACAUUCCAUUGGUCCAAAAUGCAGAGACCCGUAUAUUGCUUUCUGCUGUAGCGGAGAGCCUCAAAGAAUAAAAAAGAAAAGAAAAGUGAAGACCUGCACAGCAAAUGCUAACAGAAGUUUUUCAGUGCUUGAGAGCUACAUUGUGGAAAACAUGAAGUCAGAGAUGGCUCAGCUACAGCAGAAUGCUGUCCAGAACCACACAGCUACCAUGCUGGAGAUAGGAACCAGCCUUCUCAGCCAGACGGCAGAGCAGACGAGAAAGCUCACAGAUGUCGAAACGCAGGUACUAAAUCAAACAUCCCGAUUGGAAAUUCAGCUGCUGGAAAAUUCAUUAUCCACUUACAAGCUGGAGAAACAACUGCUCCAACAGACCCAUGAAAUCUUGAAAAUUCAUGAGAAAAACAGUCUACUAGAGCACAAAAUCCUUGAAAUGGAAGAAAGACACAAAGGGGAGCUGGAUACUUUGAAGGAAGAAAAAGAGAACUUGCAAGGGUUGGUAUUGCGUCAAAGCUACAUCAUUCAGGAAUUAGAAAGGCAGCUGAGCAAAGCAACAACCAACAACAGUAUUCUUCAGAAACAGCAGCUGGAGCUGAUGGACACAGUUCACAGCCUAGUCAGCCUUUGUUCUAAGGAAGGAGUUCUACUAAAGAAUGCAAAAAAAGAAGACGACAAGCCAUUCAGAGACUGUGCUGAUGCUUACCAAGCUGGUUUCAACAAAAGUGGAGUCUACAGUAUUUAUAUUAAUAAUGUAUCAGAGCCUAAAAAGGUCUUCUGCAAUAUGGAAAUUGCAGGGGGAGGUUGGACAGUUAUACAACACCGAGAAGAUGGGAGUCUAGACUUUCAAAAAAACUGGAAAGAAUACAAAAUGGGCUUUGGUAGUCCCUCGGGUGAAUAUUGGCUGGGGAAUGAGUUUAUCUUUACAAUAACCAGUCAAAGGCACUAUUCGCUAAGAAUUGAACUAAUGGACUGGGAAGGAAAUCGGGCUUAUUCCCAAUACGAUCGGUUUUACAUAGGAAAUGAAAAGCAGAAUUACAGGCUGUAUCUGAAGGGCCACUCAGGAACAGCAGGAAAGCAAAGCAGCCUUAUCUUGCAUGGGGCUGACUUCAGUACCAAAGAUGCGGACAAUGACAACUGCAUGUGCAAGUGUGCCCUUAUGCUAACAGGAGGCUGGUGGUUUGAUGCCUGCGGGCCUUCCAAUCUCAAUGGAAUGUUCUACUCAGCUGGACAGCACCAUGGAAAAAUAAAUGGAAUAAAAUGGCAUUACUUCAAAGGCCCCAGUUAUUCAUUACGGUCCACAGCUAUGAUGAUCCGGCCAUUAGACUUCUGAACACACCAAGCAGAAGCAAGAGCAGUGUGGAGUAUAGAUACCAAGUUCUGGAGAACUUCUUACAUAACCUUCAGAAAUAGGAGGUGGGAGCUUCCUGAAAGCAUUGGAUGGCCGCUAUACUCAGA